AUGGAGAAAUCCAACUCUUCCUCUUUCACAUCAUCAAACUCAUCACGCCCACUGUUCAGUCUGCCGGAGGGUUGGGGUGUUGAAGAAAUCCCUCGCUCCUAUGGCUCCAAAUUUGACAGGUAUUACUUAGAGCCGGAGACCGGAAAAAGGUUCAGAUCAUUGAGAGAAGUGGAGAGACACCUCAAUGGAGAAACAGUUACUCGCAGACAACAAAAAUCCCCUCAACUCAUUGCAUCCAAUCCUCCCGAGAUAAUAGAAGAGUGGUUUGAGAGGCCUCCAUCGAAAGUGAAUUGGGCUCUCGCUAGUGCUAAAGGGGAUGCUUGGAAUCCUAUGGUCGGUGAUACAUUGAUCUCGGAAGCCGUGAAACAACAAUGGAGGAAGAGAUUUGUGUCGGCCAUGGACAACCAUGAGAGCUCUGCUGCAGUUAUCCCAACAGAGCCGCCACCGCAAUUAACGGAACAGCCGCCGCAAGUACCGGAAAACAUUCAACAAACUCAAUCAGGGGAAGACGGAAGGCAAGACGAAGGAGGACUACUAAGGCGUUCUUCUCGCACCAAGAAACUAGCAUAUCAUCACCAGGAUUUCAUCUAUCUUUAGAUGAU